CCUGAAAACUGAAACCAUCUCUGCACGGCAAGAAUGGUUCCUAACACAGUCCGUGUAGCAGUUGGAAUUCUUGGAAAUGCUGCUUCUAUGCUCCUCUAUGCAGCACCAAUAUUGACAUUCAGAAGGGUGGUAAAGAAGGGCAAUGUAGAGGAGUUCUCAUGCGUGCCUUACAUACUAGCUCUGUUCAACUGCCUCCUGUACACCUGGUAUGGGCUUCCUGUAGUGAGCUCUGGAUGGGAAAAUUUCCCAGUUUCUACCAUCAAUGGAGUGGGCAUCCUGCUUGAGAUCACAUUUAUCAGCAUAUACAUAUGGUUUGCGCCAAGUAAAAAGAAGAGGUUUGCCUUGCAAUUGGUGAUUCCUGCUGUGACAUUAUUUGGCUUGACAGCGUUCUUCUCAAGCUUUAUGGUCCAUACGCACCGUAUGCGCAAGGUUUUUGUUGGUAGUGUUGGUUUAGUUGCUUCCAUAUCCAUGUACAGCUCUCCAAUGGUAGCUGCAAAGCAAGUCAUAACGACGAAAAGUGUGGAGUUCAUGCCAUUCUACCUGUCACUGUUCUCCUUCCUGUCCAGCGCUCUGUGGAUGAUAUAUGGGCUCCUUGGGAAGGAUCUGUUCAUCGCGUCUCCAAACUUCGUCGGCGUUCCAAUGGGCAUUCUUCAGCUAGUGCUGUACUGCAUCUACAGGAACCGUAAGGAAAUAAUGCCUAAAUCGGUUGUUAUUUCUGGAGUCAUUUAA